AUGCCAUCUCCUUCUACCGACUCUCUACCUUCGCGGCCCUUUUCUUCACACUCGAUGUCGGGCACCAUUUUGAAGUUGAGAGCAGAAGACCACCGGUUUAGUCAUUCGGAACCGGGUGCAGAUCCGGACCCGGAAAAUGUAACAGCCGAGAAGCCUAAGAAAAUGGCGGUGCUGGAUUUAGGCAACGGUAGCGAGGUUCUGCACAUGCCGCGAUUCAUUUCGUACCAAGAUUCAUGGAGGUAUUUUGAUUACCUGGAUAAGAACAUACCUUGGACCCGACCCACUAUCCGCGUCUUUGCCCGGUCGCAUGUUCAGCCCAGGGAUAUGUGCUAUGUUGCGAACGAAGGAUCGACUCAACUCGGUUACAGUGGGUUUCAACCUCAUGCUUAUUCCUGGGAUGAAUUUCCACCCUUGAAGGACAUUCUUGAUUUGGUCCACAGGGUUCUUCCUGGGAGCAGUUUCAAUAGCUUGCUCUUAAAUAGGUAUAAUGGAGGUGAUGAUUACGUGGGUUGGCAUGCUGACGAUGAGAAGCUUUACGGACCCACUCCUGAAAUUGCUUCUGUUUCAUUUGGAUGUGAACGUGAUUUUCUCUUGAAGAAGAAGCCAUGUAAAGCAGUUAAGAAGUCAGCCACAGGAAACGAGGGCGAACCUCCCAGAAAACGAUCAAAGAAUGUGAACAAUGGCGAUCAACAUGCGUUCUUGUUGAAGCACGGUUCCCUGCUGGUAAUGAGGGGCUACACCCAAAGGGAUUGGCUCCACUCAGUCCCGAAACGCGCGAAAGCACAGUCGGUACGGAUUAAUCUCACUUUCAGACGCAUUUUGAGUUAA